CUCAUGCAGAGAGUGCAGAGAACUUAGAGGCUCAGGUCCUGCAUGUAUAACUCUCUCCUCUCUCUCUCGCUCUCUCUCUUUUUACCCCCCUCCUCCAGCACACCUUUGUGUUGUUUUCCUCCCCUCCCCUCCCUCUUCCUCUCCCCUCCCUCUUCAACCUCACUGGUUAUUUCCCCACUACACUCCGUCCGACGUCCUCAGACCGUGGUGAGAUGCUGCUGAUGAUGAUGCUCCAGCUGUUUGGCCUCCAUGUCUCCUCCGGGGCCCGCUGAGGAGGGAACUUUAACUCUGACAGUCUGAGGAAACUAACUUUUUUUUUUUUCUUUUUUUCUCUCUCCUCGGUAGCCAGUUUGCAAUUUUCAAGGAAUUAAUUUAAAGACUUUGAGGAGAAACAAUGAGGACCAAGUUGUGUCAUCUGGCUGCACAGCUGCUGCUCUCAGGAGUGCUGCUGCUGUCUUCUGUGGUGGACGGCAAAGGAACUUUCUACGGGGGCCACGUCAAUCCCUUCUAUGGGAACAGAUACAACCUGUACAAGGCUGGACUCAACCCCCACCAUUCACCAAACAAGCCCAUGACCCGUCACAAAAACCACUGCGCCUUCGUGGUCCAGAAGAACAUCACCUGCACCAUGCAGGAUGGAGUGGCCACCUACGUGAAGGCCGAGUACACCACCAAGUGCAUCUGGGGUCAGAAGUGUCCCGUUGUCAUGUACAGGACAUUCUACAAGCCAAAGUACAAGGUGGGCUUUAAGUCGGUGACGGAGCUGGAGUGGAGGUGUUGCCCCGGUUACUCCGGAGAGAACUGCUACGAUGGACCCACGUCGCUGCCCGACGUCAUGAUGCCACCUUUCAAGGGCGGGGAUUUACCCCAUCGCCCCGGGGUGAAGGGCUUCCCCCACGGACCCCGACCGCCCGUGGACCAUAGGCCCGGAGGGGGCCAGCUGGAGCCCGGCAGACCUCUACCCGGAUCACCGGACCACAGAACGAUCCCCACCGGACAUCUGCCUGCUGGGAACGGAAAACCAAACUACGGGAACAGAUUCGGGGUUUCUGGAGUGACUGGUGAGCGUAUGGACCGCAUGGAGGAGGACCUGCGCCGCCUCACCCAGGGCCUGGACACCCUCAAUGGGGUGGUGGCCGGUCUGGAGGAGCGACUCCGCACCUCUCUGCGGGAAGACACCAACAAAUUCCUGGUGUCCCUGAUACCGAGCGCUCCACGCACACCGGACUCCGCGGUGGGAUUCGGGGUGAUCCCUGACGUGGCUCCUGAUGGACUGGAAGGAGGAGAAGGCUUCACUGGGUUUGGAGAUUUGGCGGGACGGGUGACGGAGGUGAAGGAUGAGCUGCGAGCCAAAACGCACAUCUUAGAGGAGAUUCAGGGGAUGGUCCUGGGUCACGACGGCCAGCUGAAGACGCUGCUGGAAGGAGCUCGAGGCCGGCCCGUCCCUCAGCCCGGCUCCACGUUCCACCUGGACGAGAUCCUGGACGCCAAGCUGGCCGGCGUGCGUGCCGAGAUCCUGGACGGCUUCGAGCGGCGCCUCACCGGCAUGGAGAGCCACUGCGACGAGAGGAUCGGGGCGGUGCAGAACCAGUGCCACAGGGAGCACAUGGACGGACGGGACCAGAUGCAGCAGUCUCUGGACGGACGGGAGACCGGGAUCAGGGAGGAGCUGGGCUCUCUGCAGGCCCAGAUCCAGGGUCUGACGCUCACGGAGAGCUGCUGUGGACAGGUGAACAGUCUGUCCCAGCGUGUCCUGCUGCUGGAGGAGUCCGUCAAAGGUCUGACAGAAUCUCAGCGGCAGCUCCAGACGGCCCUCACCGACCAGAGCAUUCACGUGGAGACGCUGAUCGAGACCCGGCUGGUGGACAUAGAGGGCCGCCUCAACGGCACCGAGGGCGGAUCCGAUGGAGCGGCGGGGCUCCCCGGCGGCCUGGACGGCUUCAAGACCCUUCUGGAGGACAAGCUGAAGACCCUGGAGGAGAGAGUGUUCGUGGCCGUGGAGGAGCUGAGCAACGCCACCGCCCCGGCGCUGCUGGAGGGUCACGUGGUCCCGGCGCUGGAGACAGAGAUCGAGUCCGUGAGGAGGAGGGUGGAGGGCGACCUGGACGGCAUCCAGAAACAGCUGAUAGACCUGGAGCUCCUCUGCACCUCCUCUUGCUCGCCGUCAACCCCACCAGCCGGGGAUGUCAGCAUCACCGAGGUGGAGGAGGAUUGCGAGGGGAUGGGGAAGAAGAUGACGGACCGCCUGGACUCUCACUCCAACCAGCUGGACCGCCUCAACACCACCCUGCAGAACCUGCUGUACCACAUCGCCCAGGAGGACUCGGAGGGCAUCGUCCAGGGGGAGAUCACCCUCCUGAAGGUCAACAUCAACUCUGUGAACCGCACCCUGAAGGGCCUCAAGGACUCCCUCCGCUUCAUCGCGAGCGAGGUGGGCACCGCCAACGCCUCCUGGGAGCAGAGGGAGCACCACAUCGUCAACCAGGUCCAGGGCAUCACCAGACUGGUGGGCCACCAGGCCUCCCUGCUGGGGGCCGGGGAGCGGCGGCUGGCCCAGCUGAAGGGGGAGCUGGUGGCCCUGAAGAGGCGGCUCUCCGGGGAGCUGCAGGGCUGCAGGAGCUCGGCGAUAGAGGUGCAGAAGGAGGUGAAGGACGUCGACAGCAGGGUGAGCCACGUGGAGGGCCAGUGCAGCAGCCUGGGGGAGCUGGCGGAGCACCUGGAGAGGAUCCGGGCGGAGCUGGAGAGACACUCGGACUCCUACCUGGCCGAGGUGAACGGCACCUUGGCGGCGCAUUCGGAGCAACUAGCUGAGCUGAAGGGGGAGGUCAAAGACUGCAGCAAGGAGGCGGACAACCAAAAAUGAGACCAGUAGCAUCGGAGCUACAGAUUUAUUUUGCAAAAAGAGACUUAUAUGUGCUUUCCAAUGCUUCUCUCCUCUCUCUCUCUCUUUUGAAUCCCAUCUGCACAGAUGCAAAAUAACUGAACCGGUGAAAAGUCAUUUCCCAUCGCCCCCCCGAAAUGUUCCGGGUAUUUAGUUUAGUGAAGUGAGGAGAGGAAGACUCAGAAUACAAAGACACACCUUUGGCUGCAUAGCUGGACAAUAUUUCCCCCUUGAGAUUUUAUUCCAUCGGGCAUUUUUUUCCUCUGAUCAUGAUUGUUUUGUUUCCACAUUUUACCUUUUUUUUUUAACUUAUAUGAAGUGAAUGCAUUGUUAUGAUGUUAAGCUGUUUAUAUUAGAGAGAUGAUUAAACAAAGUGGAUGAUAUGGGACUAAUACGCUGCUACGGGUUUCUACUGACACGUUGACAUCCUCCGUGUGGACGCUUGUCUGGUACUGUACAUCAACUGGGUGCUAUUUUACGUUUUGUUUGUAAACUUCUGUUUUACACGUGUUUAAAAAAAACCAACAACAUGUAUUUCUGCUUCGACGGUUGUGUUUGUUUUUCUGCCACAUUGCUUCAUGGAAGUUCCAAAGCUCACCACUAGGGGUCAGUGACAACAUGUUACAUGGCACGGUAGAUUAAAGGAAAUAAAAGCUAAAACACUCCAGGGUGGCAGUGUUCUUCAGACACUUGUUUCAGCAAUGCAUUAAAUUCAAUUAAACUUUAUUGAUACCUGUAAGGGGAGGUGCAUGUAGGAGCUCGUCUGUGGAGUUAUUGUUGUUGGAUGGUCAGCAAUCCCACAUUUCUUUGUGUUUUUUUAUUA